AAAAUGAAGUAGAUGUCCGUUUAGCGCCACGACUUAUGUUGGUUUGUGGGAUUUAGUUCCAUGGACGCUUUAAGAGCUACACUGGAUAGUACUGAUGGUCAAGUGGCUACUGUUAGUCGAACCAGCUCACCACCUCCAUUGGAUCUGCUUAGUCCUCCCCCCGUUGUUGCUGAAUAUUGGUGUCAUACACAAGUUCGUGUAACAAAGAUGAAGUACGUUUGGACGAUAAGCAACUUCAGUUUUUGCCGUGAAGAAAUGGGAGAGGUAGUGAAAAGUUCAUUCUUCUCUUGUGGUCCCAAUGACAAACUGAAAUGGUGUUUGAGGAUAAAUCCAAAAGGCUUAGAUGAAGAAAGCCGAGAAUAUUUAUCACUUUAUCUCUUAUUGGUCAAUUGUGGAACUAAAAGUGAAGCCAGAGCUAAAUUUAAAUUUUCCAUAUUGAAUGCCAAACGAGAAGAGACAAAGGCAAUGGAAAGUCAACGGGCCUACAGAUUUGUGCAAGGCAAAGAUUGGGGCUUUAAAAAGUUUAUUCGUCGAGAUGUCUUAAUGGAUGAAGCCAAUGGAUUACUGCCGAAUGAUCGAUUAACAAUCUUAUGUGAGGUUUCAGUUGUGGGUGAGACUCUGUCAGAAAGCGGUCAAGUCAAUAAUCAACCUAUUACUGUCCCAGAAUGUAAUUUACAUGAGGAUAUUGGAAGUUUGUUAUUUAAACAGCUCUUGACUGAUGUCACUUUGGUUGUUAUCUCUAGUAAUCCGUCUAACGGAAAAUGCUCAAGUGAUUGCUCCCUAUCUCAUGUACAUCAAAAUCCUUGUGUCUUAGGUCACACACUACCCGGUUUAAAUUCUGUUAGUGAACAGGCGACUAAAUUCUCAACUUAUGAGUCAACUGGUGAAGAAGAUGAUGAAGAUGAAGACGAUCAGGAUGAAUUGGAUGAAGGCGAAGAAUUCGACGAUGAGGAAGAUGAAGACGAUGAUGAUGGUGAUGGAGAACAACAAGAAAAUGAGAGUGAACGUGAAGAGGAUACACAAUCCAGCUACAGGGAGUCGCACCUAACUUUUCUUGUCGAAGAUGGAAGUCAUUUGGCUUCUAAUGGUAGCAACAGCAACGCUGAACAAGGUGAAGCGGAAGCCGCUGCUACAGCAACUCAUCGAACUUCAAUCAUUGGGGAUAAUCAUGCUUCCAGUACUUCAUCACCCAACCUUGCUCACAAUCCUACACAUGUAAUGUCCUCUUCAACGUUAACUCCAGCUACAACAACCAAUGUUCCUACAAAAGGUAUAAUAAUUCCUUUAACUUCUGCUACUCCUAGUCCAUUGUUAGUUCCAUGUACUGGAGGUGCUGUGGACGCACUCUCCAUGAAGCAACAGUACUCAGGAGAUAAUUCAAAUAACAGUGCUUCAAAUAGUGAUUGGCGAUUAACUUCAUCUUCCAGUUGUGUUACUGCCCAAGGGAGUAUAAAUCGUGAUGACCGGGAAGUAAAAUCAAAUGUCACUUGCGAUGCUAGUCAAAGAACUUCUGAUAGUAAUUGGUGUUCUAAAAAUGGCUCUCACCGGUCUCGCACGUCCAGUUCAGUACCUUCUACUUCUUGCGCUUUACCAUCUACUACCGACUCAUCAUCAUCGUCGUGCAGCAAGGGUAGACAGAGCGCAGUGCAUAAUGCUGAUGUGGGAAGCAGCAGCACAACCACAAGUAGCACAACAAUUAGUCAGAGUAGUUCCCUUGUUAACACUAUGUCUGCUCCUUUAGUUACGUCGAAAGAGAAGCCUGAAGACACUGAAGAAUCUGUCGAGGCGGAAACUUCUGGUACUUCAAGUCGUGUCCGGAGAAGUACUCGGAGAAAAACAAUACAUCGACUGCCACAACCUCAAAUCGUCCUCGUAACCGGAAUGCUCGAGACUCAUCACUUCUACCUACUGUUUCGAAGGCUGCUUCGACCACUUCAUCUCAUUCCAACCCUGCUGCUGCAACACCAUCAAGUUCCACUGUGUGUCCAAUAAAUGUGACGAAUCAAACUGUAAAAUGUUCUAGCACAGGAUCCACUAGCAACAGUUCAACGGUUAGUGGAACUUCAAAUUCAAGCGUUGUACUUCGCCAGUUUGAAGCACAUAAAGCGAUUCUAGCUGCUAGAAGCCCAGUUUUUGCUGCGAUGUUUGGACAUGGAAUGGAGGAGUCUAGGCUAACAGAGUUGAAAUUACAGACAUGGAACCAGAUACUGUUGCUGAGAUACUGCGCUACAUAUAUACUGGUCAGGUUGUUGGUAUGGACCGAUUAGCUCAUGAAUUGUUGGCUGCAGCUGACAAGUAUCAAUUGGAACGGCUGAAAACAAUGUGUGAAGAAGCUCUUGUCGAAAGCCUUUCAGUGGAGAAUGCGUGCGACAUAUUUGGAUUGGCUGAUAUGCAUAAUGCUGAACAAUUGAAAGUUCAUACACUCGAGUUUAUAAUGCUACAUGCUCAUGAUGUCUGUGAAACUGAAGGCUAUGAACAGCUAGUUCGACAUCGUCCACGCUUAUUGAAUGAAUGCUUUCGUAGCCUUGCCUCACAACAACUCCCUCUUCGAUGUUGGGCUCGUAAACGUCCCAGACAAUCUUAACAGUAAUGUUUUGUAAAAGCUACAAGAUCAUAUCUCUUUUGUGUAUGAAAUCUCCUUCACAUGCACCCGCUGAAGUCAUUGUUUCCUUGAUAUAUCUUAUUACCUACCACCAAUUCACUAUUCUAUUCUUCUUUGGAUUAUAUCUGGAGUACGAGGAAUAGGUACCGAGGUGUUAACAGUUUGAUGUUUCAAUUUCUCACUGUUACAUUCAUAAAUGAAUGAAUAAGCAUUUCCUUUUCCUCCUUAGCUAAAAAAAAUGCAUCGUUGAAAAUAGUAAGACCAAUAUUUGACUAGUUGGUUAGUUGUUGAAUAGCUUUUUUUCCAACUUGUUUUAUCUUCUGCUUCUAAUUGUGUAAUUCUCCUUUCUCUCUGUGUGUAUUUUUCACAUUCUCAGUGAUUGUGUGUAUCUGUUCUUUGUAGUGUCUAAUUGGAUUAACUUAUAAGAAGUAUAUUUUUAAUGAAUGUGUUACACACAAUGAGAUGUUAUCUAGUUUUUAGUAAUAUUUCGAGUAGAAUUACCAAAAACUAAAUAGCAUCUCAUUGUGUGUAACACAUUCCUUAAAAAUAUACUUCUGAUAAGUUGAUUCUGUCCACAAUGCACAAAUUUUUCAUGGGUAUAAUCCAGUUGGAUACUUCGUUGUGGGGAAGACUGUAGGUGUUAGAAUUUUUAAGUUUUUUUCAAUUUUUUUUUAAAUUGACCACUUGCUGCUUUUGCAAAACCGCCAUAAACUUGAUCAUCUCUCGUGAAUGCCCCCUAUAUAUAUAUAUAUAUAUAUAUAUAUAUAUAUAUAUAUAUAUAUAUAUAUAUACAUGCUGACUUCAUGUACUCAUCUCUCUUCUUUUUCUCCCAUCGUUGUUAGUUGUGAUUAUGUUUCAUUUCUCUGUGUCUAAGUUUAUGAGUUGAUUCAGUUUCAUUACGAUUUUCACAGUAUUCAUGUUUUUCUCACUUACUGGAAAUGUUUGUUCGACUGUUUAGUCAAUUUAUGUGUGUAUGUGAAUGACUGUUGAUCUUGUUUCUUGAAAUAACUAGUAAGAUACGUUUCUUUUACAAAGUAUCUCAUACUUCUACUAUCAUGUAUAGCCACUUUUAAUAUUUAUGUACACCCAGCUAAUGAGUCUCAAAUAAGACAAAUCACACGUCCUGCAUUCCACUGUUAGCCAUUAUCCAUCAUAACCACUUUAUUUAUUCAUGGUCAUAUUAUAAUUUUAAUGCCUAUUAUUUACGGGUUGAGAACUGAAAUCAUCCAAUGCCUACGCAUUUACUUUGAUUGCUGGUGCACCAAUUCAUUCUGCUGUAGACUUUUAGGUCACUUAUAGUUUCCACGUUGCUCAAAGAGGAGACUUUUACUUGGUCGCUGACGUCGGCUACAUUUUUUUCAAGUUUCAUAAUCCAGAAAAUAACUUUUGUCUGCGAAUCACGACUCUGGUAGAUAGGCAUAUAGGCAUGACUAAACAUAAUAAUUGUCGUUCAUUUUGGCACUGAGCUUCUGC